CCGAAGGUAGGCGGGUCCACGAUACGUCGCGCUAAGGGGGCGGCUUCUACGCCGGUCUCCCUGGUGAUGACGUCGCCCAACCGACGCCGAAUCACGUGACACAGAGUGAGUGUGCGAGAGUGUUGCCUACGCGCGGCAAAGGCGAGAGAAGAUGGCGGACGGGAAGGGAGAGUCCCGAGCGGGGCUGGCCAACGGGGGCAUGCUGUCUCCGGCUCCGUCGGCCCCACAGGCCUGCCGCCUAUGGGAUACUCUCCGAACGCUGGAGGACGGGCUGAGGGCGGACGAGGUGUCCGUGUUUACCUCCUCCGCUUACUGCAGACGUUUCUGUGAGGUGUUACUACAGCACACUCAAGAUAACACAGCAACGGAAGGCCUCAUGCUUUGUGCAGAUGUAUAUGAAACGGCUCUGAGAAGCUUUGCAAAUGCAAGACUUUACCUUACCACUGAGUGUGAAGAUGUUUUAUUACUUCUUGAAAGGCUUGUAUUGAGUUGCUUUGAAGUAGUACUUUCAAUGUCUGAGGAUGAUCUUUCAAGUGAUCUGGGGGAGCGGAUGAAAAAAUCGAUAAUUGACUCCCAUGAGAUAUUGUCUGAGUUUGGAAACAAACAUUUGGAAAUGUUGGUAGAUAACAUAAAUUAUGGCGGCGCAUGGAAGAAUCCUGUACUUGUCAAAAUCUUGUCUCGGCACUCUGUUGAUCCAGAAGAAGUUAACAAGUGGAUGUGUCAAGAAGGCCUCAGCUUUCUGCAGUUGCGCAUCAAGCAUUUAAUGAAGACAAAUUGUAUCCAGCAAGCAAUGCUGCUGUCAAAAAUAUGUUCCAAUUCUGAGGAGACUUCCAGUGACUUUUUUUUCCGCCAGUCAUUUCUUACAUGCUUGUGCACAAUGUUACCAGAUGAUGAAGCUUUUAAAGAGAUUUCUAAGAUGUCUGGACAAGAUAUAUUGGAUACUAUUUGUAAUCUGGAAUCUGAAGGACAGAUUAACACUGCGUUUAUUCUGUGUACUACAUACCUUACUCAGCAGCUGCAGAACGAAGAUACCUCCUGCUCCUGGGAGCUGACUUUGUUUUGGAGUAAGCUUCAGCGAAGAAUCGAUUCCUGUGUAAAUACUUUUCUUGAAAGAUGUAGGCAGUUUGGUGUGAUUGCUAAAACAUGUCAGCAUCUCUUCUUCCUUAUUAAAGUUGUACAUACAGAGGCUGGAGAUGAAGGUGUUCCAGUUUCAGUUAUGCUUUGCAUUCGGGCACUUCAGAUAUCAUCAAGUGAAACUGAUGCAACUAAGACUUCAGUUUGCAAAACAAUAGCUUGUCUCUUACCACAAGACUUGGAGGUCAGACGAGCCUGCCAGCUCACAGAAUUCUUGUUUGAGCCAACAUCUGAAGGACUGAAUAUAUUAGAGGAGCUCUAUCUUCAGCCUGAUCAAAAGAAUGUUGAGGAAUCUAGUGUUAUUUCAAACUCUCUACGCUGUGAACUACUGCUAGCCUUGAAAAGUCAUUGGUUGUUUGAUCCCGAAUUCUGGGAUUGGAAGACAAUAAAACGACACUGCCUUAAACUUCUUGGGAAAGAUGUUUCUGAUACAGAGGAGGAGAGCUAUGUUGAACCUUCAAUCAAUGAACCUGAUUUUUUGGAUGCUUUGGCUGGCUAUGAUGAUCACAAUGCACAGGGGGAAGAAAGUCAAGAGUAUACUUCCUACGAAAAUGAAAAUGUUAAAGUGAAAAAACCUGUUGGGUCUUCUGAAAGAUACAAGCGGUGGCUGCAGUAUAAAUUUUACUGUGUAAUUUGUGACCGAGAAGUAAUUGAGGCAAGAAUACUCCAUCAUGCUAAAAUGCAUCUCGAAGAUGGCAUUUAUACAUGUCCUGUGUGCGUGAAAAAGUUCAGAAAGAAAGAAGUGUUUGUUCCUCAUGUAAUGGAUCAUAUGAAAAUGCCAAUGAGACAUCGACCGAGAAAGAAAAAUGAAAUUCCGAAACAGGCAACUGUUGAGAUUCCUGAGCCUGAGGCUGACCCCGAUGGUUACAUCUCAUUCAGGGCACUAAGAGACAAAAAUCUACAAGAUAGAGAUGUCUAUCCAUGUCCUGGAACUGACUGCUCGAGAGUCUUUAAGCAGUUUAAAUAUUUAAGUAUACAUCUGAAAGCAGAACACCAAAAUAAUGACGAAAAUGCAAAACAUUACUUGGACUUGAAAAAUAUGAGGGAAAAAUGUGCUUAUUGUCGUCGACAUUUCAUCACAAAUUUUCACUUAAGACAGCACAUGAGAAUUCACAUUGGUUCUCAUCCGUUUAUGUGUGUUUCUAUAGACUGCAAUGAAAGGUUUAAAACUGUAAAUGAACUGCUUCACCACAAACACACACACUUGGACCUUCAAUACAAGUGUGAAUUGGAAGGGUGCCACUUGGUGUUCAGUGACUUGGGACUACUGUACCACCACGAAGCUCAGCAUUUUCGAGAUGCCGCAUACACAUGCACUUUUCCACGGUGCAAAAAGUUUUAUUAUUGUAAGUCUGACCUACAGGAUCACAUUACCAUCCAUUUAGCACAUUCUGAGAACAGCUUUGGCAAUGGGAUGGAGUUAUUCAACAACCUAAAAAAUGAGGUGGGGGUUCCAGAUAAUUCAUUUAAUUACAUGCCUGCACUUAUGGAAAAAAACAUAUUGUCUUGUAAGGAAAUAGAGCCUGUAUCUGAAAAUGUGGAUGAGCAAAAGUUCGAAGUCAAAACCGAACCCUGCUUGCAUCAUGGAAUGGGUCCAGACUGCACAUUAACAAAUGAAUUAAAAGGUCAAACUGAUACUGAAAAACUUGACACGUGCACUUGUGAAAUGAGUGAUUCAGCCAAUGCCCUCAAACAGGAAUGCCUAUAUAGUUCAUUUGUUGAAGAACUGCCUGAAAAGCCACAUGAAACUGAAAGUUUAUGUAGUGUUACAAAGCCAAAUGAAGUUCACAUAAAACUUGAAGAAGAGGAGAUUCCUACUUCUGAAGGCUUUACAACGUCUGCCAGUUCAGAGGACAUAAUGUUUGAACUUCUUACUAGUUUAAAACAGCUCAAUUUAAAAAAUGUGGAUACGUGUGUUCAGGAAACUGUAGCGGAUUCCUCUAAUAGUUCUACAAUAACACAAAAGAGAAGCACCAAGAAGCAAGAAAAGUUUCUCAACCAGUAUCUUUCUCAAUUGUCCUCCAAACCAUUUUUGUGCGAGUUUAAGGGCUGCAAGUCUGCUUUUGUUACAAAAGCUGCCCUUUUAUUGCAUUAUUGUAAAAAGCAUGAAUAUACAAAAGAAAAGGCUCUUAAGCUGAGCAUUUUCCAAAGAAGAUAUUCACCUUUUGAGUGCCACAUCUGCCAAAGACGGUUUACAAGGCGAACUUUACUUCGCAUUCAUUAUCGGAAUGAUCACCAUGUAAUGAAGGAAAAGGCAAGGACAAAUGCUAAGAAAUUUGAUAAAAAAAUGAAGCCACGCAUUAUGCAUCAAAAGCGCAAAGGCUGCUGGGAGAAGCUUCUUACAAAUGAGAGCAGCAGCCAAAGUAAUGACAGAACAUCUCCACUCCAAGAGGGUUUUAAUUCCGAGACAUAUGCAGAUUCGUUGUCAGAUGAGACUGAUGGCAGUAAUACUCUUGGCGGUUUUAGACCUGAUGAUCUGGCGUCUGCAGAAGGGAGAGGAAGUAGGCGCGUUGUAGAUAAAGAUAAGUCAUGUUAUGUCUUGGAUAAGUAUCACAAGCCUUUUCACUGCAUUCAUAAAUCUUGCAAUGCUUCUUUUACAAGUCAGCGAGGCUUAGUUCGCCAUUACCAGCUUGUACAUCAGUAUAACAGGGAGUCUUUAUGCUUGGAAAAAGACAAGGAACUGAAAAAAAAGGAGACCAAUAAAUGCAGAAGGAUAUUUACUUGCAAGUACGAAGAAUGCAGAAAAAGCUUCAUUUGUGGUAAAGCAUUGUCCACACAUUACAAACAGUUUCAUGAUCAUGGUGAAAAUGAAGAGAAGGAGGUUGAUGGUUUUGACAAUGAAAACUUCUUGCAAUCUGAAACUGAUGAAGAUGAAGAAAAAUUUAGUGAGGAAAGUGAAAGUGACGAGUCUGAAAUCUACUGUGACGUUGAGGGCUGCACUGCUGUGUUCAAAGAUCAUACAAACUAUUCUCGACACAUUAUGACCCGUCACCGAAAAUACAACCUUUAUGAAAGUAGAAGAAAGCGUAAGAAAAAAGCCCAGGAAGUGGAUGAAAACUAUAUUGAGCCCAAGCACCACAAAAGUUUGUUUCAAAGGAAAUCUGUAAAGAUUCAAAAUAGUGCUGGAAAAAAAGAGGUGAUUGAAUUUAAAACCAGAAAAGAAGCAUUACAGAUGUGCUCCAAAAAUAUUGACUCGGCACAGUUUCCUUGUAUGCUCCAUGGCUGCUCUUCAGUUGUAAAGUUGGAAAGUAGUAUUAUUCGGCAUUACAAGCUUACACACCACCUAGGUACUGACUAUGUGGGCAAUCAUACCCAUGAACUGGUUUACUGCAUAAAAAACUUUUCUAAGGACACGGAAGAAUACAGUUCACCCGAAGAAGGUCCUAAAGGCAGCGAUCACAUUCAGGAUCAUAAAAUAACCAGAUUAAGUUUACGUAGUAGUAAUAUUGGCACAUCAAAUGAGAGUGACUCUUACAAUACUUCCAAUAGUGACCGCAGAAAAAAUGGCUCUGUGGAGAGAGACUUUUAUGGCACAUCACCACAUCAUAAUAAAAUCUCUAACGUUAAGGAAUCUGAGGUGAGGUCUCCUAACCGGAGAAAUGAUGAUAGAACUUCAAAAUCUAGUGGAAAAGAAAAUAUCUCCAGUUUCUAUACAGGGGACAAAGAGGUAAAUCAUGAAGGAGUUAAUCUCCAAGAUCCACCCGAAUCUGACUUGCUUGAUUCCAAAAAAUACAGUCCACAAGAGCAAGUACAAGCAGCCAUUGGACUAACGAACUUUAAGCCAAUGGGCUUUGAAUCCUCUUUUUUAAAGUUUCUGCAGGAAAAUCGAAAUUCAGACGAAGAUGACGACGAUGAAUCCGAGUCUGAUGAAUGGAAUUUUCCACAAAAAAGAAGACGCCAAAAUUCUGUACAGAGUCGAAAAAGAUCCUGCAAAGAUCGAAAUGAGCGUGAAAUAUGCUUGUCCUUGGGUAAAACUGCGUCUUCAGAACCUACGUUAGAAAAUUUAAGGACAAUGUUGGACAAAGCAUUGACAGAUUGUGGUGACUUAGCUUUAAAACAACUGCACCAGCUCUAUCAAAAACCUGUUGUUGUUCUGGAGCGAUCAGACUUCACAGCACCUCUAUUAGACUUGUUCUCUAGCAAAAAAACUGAUCAAUUGUGUGUGGGCAUUUCAUGAAAUAAGCCUGCUCUUAGCAUUUUGCCAGUAUUAAUUUUGAGAGACUUGAUUCAAGUAACACAGAAGACUUGCUCAUAAAUAUGAGGGGUUACCAUGUAGACAUUUUGUGCAAUUAGAUGUAACAUUUCAUGAAUGUACUUAUAUCUGUGUUCACAAUAUAUUUGGUUUAUCUUCCCAGCAGAAAACUGUACUUGGUGCUAGGUCAUCAGUAUAACGGGGCUUCCUUUGACAAUAAAUGUGCAUGAUUGUCUGGGAUUGUGGGAUUUAAAAGAUUUUCAUACUUGAAUGAAUAUGCACUUAAGAGUGCGCUAUGUAAUAUAUUGUACACUACGUCUUAUAUUUUUUGAGUUAUGUUUCAAUAAAUGACAAACUUUCACCCGUUUUGAUGGAGCAUUCCAACUUUUUAAAAUUAUAUUUUUUUACUAUGGCAUAAGGCUUUACUUUUAUUUUAUUUUUUGCAAGAUUUCACAAUUUUUUUUUUUUUUAAUUUUUAUCCUUUCUUAAAUGUUAAGUGAUUUAGAAAGGUCUGCAUUUUCUGCACUAAGUGUAGGUUUAGUAUGUCAUUUUUUAUUUUCAUAUUCUGUUUUAAGUAGAACAUUGAAGUAAUUUGACAGUUCUUUUGAUGCACUGCAGACAUUAAUAAAUAUGUUUUUUCAGAUAAUACAGUUUUAAAAUGUGAUUUUAUUUUUUACCCCUUGUAUUUGAAAUCUGUUGUAGCUUAAGAUGCAAGAUUCUUGUUAAUGCCAUUUCUACUUUUUUAGGUGUAGGCCAGUUUUGCUUGUGUAUAAAUCUAAAGUUGCAGGACUUCCCACAUUUACUAAUAAAAUGGUAGCGGGUUUGUUAGCACUGCUUAUGCUGGUUUGUGAAAAACAAAACACUGGAUGAAGAUAUGACUGAUGAUACUUUUCACUUGAUCAGUGUGUUUUAUCUAGGUUCUCUUUGAAUUGCACAAUAGGGCAUACAUUAUUGUUCCACAAUUAAAUGCAAUAU